AACAAUCCGCGCAGGCCAGAAUAUGGAGAUUCAGCUUUCUAUCUGAGAAAAGAUACCAAAAUACUUGUAAGUACAGCUUCUAAUUGCUUCAAGUUGUGUCCCUUCAUUGCUACUGUUCUGGCAUGUUGGGUUGUGCUCCAAUCGGCGUUUCCGGUAUAUUGGCAGAGAGCAAUUUUGCCUUACGAGGUCAUUCAUUUUCCAUUGAGGUUUAAAAGGAGAACUUCAAUUUGACAAGUGUCUCUCACCAUGCCGUCCAUCGACGAAGUGAUCCAACGGGCCAACCCCAAAAAGGUGUUCACAGGCGUGGCAUUACUGGUUCUCACUGCCUUCUAUUCCCCAAUCUUCGUGUUGACUUUGGCGCCUGUGUAUGGAUCCGCCCCGGCAAGCAUCUUCCAUAACUAUGGUGCGGCACUUACUGGCGCUGCCGGAUGGUUCCUGAAGGACAAGGUUCAGCGACUGACGAACCGACGAGCGGUCUAUUUACUUCCGGUGCUGGCGCUCUGGGUUCCUGCAGUUGAGUAUUUAUUGCUUCAGCAGAGCGCAGGGCUUGGGAAUCCAACUGGUCCUAUCAUCACGGGUCUGCUCAGCUACUAUCCGUUGGUGUUUCUCUCCGUUGCCUGCGCUGGCAAGCUUAUCCAGACUGGGUUGAGAUUGGAACAGGAGAGCGAUGUCCUCGCUGAACAUGUGCCUCUCCUCACGUCUUACGCCAUCUACUCCGCAGGAGAGCAUUUCGCGAACGCAUUCAUCGCCAAGUUCAUUGGCACGAUUUCGCUGUUCUCAACUGCCGGUCUGCAGCUUCUGGUUACGCUUGCGUAUGCGGCUGUCGUUCCAUCAAAGCUGUUGCUCCUGGCCAUUCCGUCGGUCCUUUUCUCGCUCACCUCCAAUGUGCACAUGCCUUUUGGCCACCCGACCAACGCAGUGAAUGCUGCUCUUCAGCAUGAAGGUUACGAAUUACUGACCCGACAAGACUCAACCACCGGUUACAUUUCCGUUCUAGAGAACUUCCAUGACGGCUUCCGCGUCAUGAGAUGUGAUCACAGCCUGCUUGGUGGACAAUGGACGCGGUCGCCACAGACUCAUGCAGCCCCGGUUCACGACCCUAUCUACGCGGUUUUUACCAUGUUGGAGUCUAUCCGUCUGAUUGAGACUGACCAUGGAGAGGCUCGAACGGAUGAGAACAGCAAGGCACUUGUCAUUGGACUCGGUGUUGGCACGCUCCCCGCUGCGUUGAUCAACCACGGUAUCGAAACCACAAUCGUGGAGAUUGACCCCGUCGUGCACAAGUUCGCCAGUCAGUACUUCGGCCUGCCUUCGAACCACAUCGCAGCUAUCGAAGAUGCUGCCGUUUUCGUGAAGCGCUCCCAAGUCUCCGAACCCGCCAAGUAUGAUUAUAUCAUCCACGACGUCUUCACAGGAGGUGCCGAACCCGUCGACCUCUUUACCAUUGAGUUCAUCCGCGGUCUGGCUGCCCUUCUCAAGCCAGACGGAGUAAUUGCCAUUAACUACGCCGGCGACCUCAACAUCUACCCCUCCGGUCUCGCCGUCCGCACCAUCCGCGCCGUCUUCCCAACUUGCCGCAUCUUCCGCGAAGAAGCCGCGCCCGAAUCCAACACCGACUUCACCAACAUGAUCAUCUUCUGCAAGAAGAGCUCCGCCACCCCCCUCACUUUCCGCGACCCCGUGCCCUCCGACUACCUGGGCAGCAACUUCCGCCGGUCUUACCUGGUUCCGAAGCAUGAGGUUGACGUGUCGAAGUUUGCGGACCAUCAUCACCAUGGUCGGCCGGUGUUGAUUGCGAAGGAGACGGGAAGGUUGCAUAAGUAUCAGGAUCGGAGUGCUUUGGAGCAUUGGGGUAUUAUGAGGGAUGUUGUUCCUGAUGCGGUUUGGGAGAAUUGGUAGUUCUUUGUUUACUGGGGGGUUAUCAUGGAUGAGGGGGGUUGGUAGCUGGUUGGGGUUUUGCUGUCUUUGCAUAACGAUAAGCAGGAUUUUGCUUGAUAUGUAGUUUGUAAUAUAGUUUGGCAUAAAUUGGAAAAUAUAUCUCAUUUGAGAAA